AUGAAGUCUCCCUGGAAAAUCCUUACGGCUGCUCCUGUGUUCUUUCUCCUGACCCUUCACACCUCGGCCUCUCCAGCCUAUGACAACCAGCCCAGCACCAGACACUCCAAUGGCCGUGUCUGUAUAGGGUGUGUGCUGAUGGUGUCUAUCAUUGAACAGCUUGCUCAAGUUCACAACUCAACAGUCCAGACCUCGAUGGAGAGACUGUGCAGCUACUUCCCUGAAAAACUGUUCUUGAAGACCGCCUGCUCUUUAGUGGUACGCAAAUUUGGACGAGACAUAAUAAAACUGCUCACAGCCAAUAUGACUGCUGAUGUGGUGUGUCACGCCCUGAAGUUUUGUAAACGGGACCCUGGCCAACCCUUCUGUCACCUCUAUCCUCUUCCCAAGGAGACAUGGAAAUUUGCACUAGAGAAGGCAAGACAGAUUGUGAAGAAAUCCCCAGCUCUGAUAUAUUCCAGAAAUGGCUUUGAUAUUUGUUCACUCCCAUUUUUGGCCAAGAUCUGUCAGAAGAUUAAAUUCGUUCUACAAAAUUCCUUGCCAUACGUGGAUGCAGAUUCAGACAAAUACAGUGUUUUCCCAACGCUGCGGGGCUUUCACUGGCGAGGGAGAGACUGUGAUGACAACAACAAGAUGGUACACCCGGGCAGAAGGCCAGACAACUGGGAUGCAGAUCAGGAUUCAAACUGUAAUGGCAUUUGGGGUGUUGAUCCAAAAGAUGGAAUUCCGUACGAGAAGAAAUUCUGUGAAGGUUCACAGCCCCGGGGGAUCAUUUUGCUGGCAGACUCAGCUGGGGCUCAUUUUCACAUCCCUCCCGAUUGGAUCACAGCUUCUCAGAUGUCUUGGCACUCCUUCUCCAAUUUACCAAUGGCUCUUACCAAUGAGCUCGACUGGCCCCAAGUCUCUGGCACUACUGGAUUUCUGGACUCCACUAGUGGAAUUAAAGAAAACUCUAUUUACCUUCGUUUACGGAAAAGAAACCACUGCAAUCACAGGGACUACCAGAAUAUUGCAAAAAAUGGUGCAUCGUCCCAAAGCCUGGAGAGAUUUAUAGAAACUUUGUCUAGGAACCAGCUGUUGGACCAACCAGCCAUUGUCAUAUAUGCCAUGAUUGGAAAUGACGUCUGCAAUGGGAACAGUGAUCCUGUCCCAGAAAUGACCACUCCUGAGAAACUGUAUUCGAAGGUCAUGCACACUCUGCAGUAUCUAGACUCCCACCUGCCGAACGGAAGCCAUGUUAUUUUAUAUGGCUUAGCAGAUGGAACCUUUCUCUGGGAUAAUUUGCACAACAGAUAUCAUCCUCUCGGCCAGCUAAACAAGGACGUGACCUACGCGCAUUUCUACUCCUUCCUCAACUGUCUCCAGGUCAGCCCCUGCCACAGCUGGAUGACUUCCAACAAGACGCUCCGGACUCUCACUUCAGAGAGAGCAAAACAACUCUCCAAAACGCUGGAAAAAAUGGCCACCAGCCAGAAAUUUACGCACUUCAAUCUCUUCUACAUGGAUUUUGACUUCCAAAAAAUCACAGAGGAGUGGCAAAAGAAAGGCGGGCAGCCCUGGCAGCUCGUCGAACCCGUGGAUGGAUUCCACCCUAAUGAGGUGGCUUUACAGCUGUUGGCAGACCACUUCUGGAAGAAGGUACAGCUCCAGUGGCCCCAGGUCCUGGGAAAGGAGAAUCCAUUCAACCCCCAGAUUGAGCAGGUGUUUGGAGACCAAGGGGGGCACUAAGUCCCCCAGGACAUGAGCUCCUGGGGAGCUCAGGGAGGCAGAAACUUGGGUAAACUCAUUCAAGAAACAGUUAUGGGGGCUGCUGUGUCAAAAACU